CCGCGGACGAUCUAUGAAGUGACGCAAGCUUAACGUUUUACGGCAUGCUUUUUAACAAGAUUUUACAUAAAAAAGAUAUAAAUUUAUUUAAUAAAUUAUUUGUUAACACAUGACGUUUUAAACUAGUGGGUGACAUAGUGUACCACCAUGGCACGCGAGUUUGAUCACCUCUUCAAACUACUGAUAAUCGGUGACAGUGGUGUGGGCAAAAGCUGUCUCCUUUUACGUUUCGCCGACAAUACAUUCUCUGGUAGUUAUAUUACCACGAUUGGUGUAGAUUUCAAAAUAAGGACUUUAGAAAUAAAUGGUGAACGUGUAAAACUCCAGAUAUGGGACACAGCCGGUCAGGAGAGGUUCAGGACGAUAACUAGCACCUACUACAGAGGAACUCACGGCGUUAUUGUUGUGUACGAUGUUACUAAUGGGGAGUCUUUUGCCAAUGUCAAAAGGUGGCUGCAUGAGAUUGAACAGAAUUGUGAUGUUGUCAAUAAAGUUUUAGUUGGUAAUAAGAAUGAUUGUCCAUCAAGGAAAGUGGUGGUUACAGAAGAUGCCCAAAGAUUUGCUAAUCAAAUGAAUAUACCAUUAUUUGAGACUAGUGCUAAAGAAAAUAUUAAUGUUGAGGAAAUGUUCCUUACUAUCACAAAAAUGGUCUUAAGAUCGAAACUGGAAAUGAAAGAGAGACAAAAUGUGACAUCAAAUGACACAGUACAUCUAAAGAAGGCGCAUAAAACAAAAAAAAAGUGUUGCUAGUGACAGAAAUAGGUAUGGCUGAAUGGAUGUGGCUAGGAUAGGCUCAAGUUGAAUGCACAACCCUCACAAGACUGCUCUAUCCAAGUAAUAUUUACUGAUAUAAUGUUCACUUAAUUCUCUAGUACCACCAUUUUGAUGGGGUGUAUAAUUUUAUAUAAUAAUAUAACAAACAAAACUAAAAAAAACAUUUCAAAGCUUGAUAUUUAUUCACAAUCAAAAAAAGAUAUUAUAUAACUGGAAGAGCGCUCGCACAGAACGUGACAGGCCGCUGGUUCGAGUCCCACAUCGUUCAUAAAUUUUGUUUUCAAAUUUAAUUUGUGAUAUUAUAAUAAUUUAGAAUCAGCUCUUAAGUUAUAGUUUAAAGAAUAUUUGGUCAAAUCAUACUAUAACUGAAGGAAUACUACCCAUAACUGUAUUUCCUGAUUUCCUUGUUUUCCAUUUUAGGCUAAAUUUAAAUCAACAUAUUUGAUAUAUUGAUUAUUAUAUAUAUAAAGUCCAAGUUGAUAAUUAAAAUGAGUACUAGAACCUUUCUAAGAAGAACAGAACAAAUUAAAAUUUAAUAUACAACUUAUCUAUUAAUUGAAAGUAAUUUUGAGGAAAUCUCAAAAUUAUUUUCUUAUGAAAUGUGAAAGGGAGAUAUGAAUUAUAUUGGCUGUUUAGAAAUCACCGAAUACUUCCACUUUUUUUUAUUAGAGCAAUGACUGUGUAGGAGCUUUACGGGUAGGGAUCUAAAAAUAUAUGACAUAUCGAGGUUCUUCCGUAUACCAAAGUAGAUGUCAACUGAUAAUACUUUUAUAUGAUCUGAAAAUAAUCAAGAUGAAUGUUGCCAUCAAUUGCAAUUAUUAUAAUAUAAAUGUAUCAAGAGUGCUAAAUAAUUAAGUGAGCAAUAACAAUUCCCCUUUAUACAAAAAUAUGCCUAGUUUCCUUGUCAAAGAAAAUAAUUGUUGUUAUUAAAAAACCCUUUGGUUGAAUAUGUAGUAGUGUUAGUAAAGGUGGCAGAAACCGUCAUAAAUUACACAGUGACAGAAUAAAUCCAUUUAUGUAAUAGAUUUUAUACUGAUUGUUCAGUUAGUCAUUUGGGUAGUGACCCAAGAUGAAUUAGACGCAAGCAGAACUAGGCAAUUAACAAGAAUUUACUAAGUAGAUAGAAAAUUGUUGAGAUCUGAAAAUUUUGUUGGACCAUAGUGAAUGAACAAGCAUUACUCCUACUUUGGUUCACUCACUUUGUGGAUAAAUCUUAUCACUGUGAAGAGUCAUAUCCAGCAAUGUGAACAAAACGGACUCAGUAAUAAACUAUUGUUGUUUACUCACCCAUGGUGGGAAAGUUGUCUUAGUCAUAUAUUUAUCAAAUACUCAAAAAUGAAGAUACAUAUUUGGGUUCAGUUUUUAAGUAGUAUUAGUACAUAUUCUUUGUUUGCCUUAUCAUAUGUGUAAUUAAUACAAAAAAAAAACAAUGUUUCGACAUCCAUCACAAAAAAAUAUGAAAAGAAAAACCAUUUAAUAAUCUGGUUAAUUAACAUCAACUAAAAUAAAUCUUGCUAUAAGUUGAUAAUUCUCAAGUAUAAAUAAUGCAUUAUUUUUUAAGUUUGUACGUUAUUAUAGUACUUACUUAUAGUAAUAAUUGCAUAUUAAAUUAUACAAAGUAAAUAGCAAAGUGCAGUAAAAAGCAAAAAUGAAUUGGUACAUUACUCUCUCUCUCUCUCUCUCUCUCUAUGACAUGUAGACAUGCAUGUCACUCGAGUGACUGAGUGGAGCCAAUACUUGUGUUUAUUACCCAUAAGAUAGUACUAUUAUAAGAUUUGGAAACUAGGCAUAGAUUAAUAAUUGCAUAUAUUUGCUUAAUCACAAAAAGUAAUAUGAAAAUAACAUUUUUUUUUUUCACUUCAGUUUCUUAAUGUACAUAUUGUAUUGGGUUGAACAUUCUCAAAGUUUCGUAGCCCGGUGGCAUUGAAACAGUAUACUCCAAAAAUUAUUUAAGGUUUUAAUACAUUAGUAAAACAUGGUUUACAAUAACCAAUGACGUUCUAUAGACAUAUCAUUCACAGUCCACUAUCAAGUGGAACUGCAUAACUGUGCUUAAAGACAAUGUAAGCACACUUUUCACCUUAGUUGUGUGUCAACCGUCACUGCCCGAAUUAAAUCUGAACUGAAAAAAUGUCUUACAUUGCUGUUCAUUGACUAAGAAUAUUUUUAACUACUGGAGUAAAUGUGGCAAUGGUUGGAUAUAACAGUCAAAUCUUAUUAUUGUAUAAUUUUUGAUAUGUUCAAUAUUUCAACUUUGUUUUUUUACAUGAUAUGUCUAUAUGUAUAGAACCUCACUGGUAAGAACCCUAGAGUGUUCAGAAACUGGUACACUUAAAUCAUAUUGAGUUGGCGACACUAUAUUGUGUAGUUUUCUCUAUUUACUUGGAGAUCCUUGCCUGUUUUAUUAUUGUAAUUAUCGAAGUAUAUGUGAUGUAUCAAGUCUUAUGGAACGUAUAAAUGUAUAACAAUAAUUAAUUUAAAAUUAUUAUUUUAAUAUUCCAAUAUGUAUUUUUAGUAUGUCAUGAUGUCAAGUUUAAUCACAUUAUUGUUUAGAACAAUUGGGCCAGUCACCUAAAACAUUGUAGAUUGCAAAUAACUGCUUGUAUAUUAUAUAACUGCUCUACAGUUUCAUUUCUCAUGAGUUUCCUGGUAGAAUGAGUACAGCCCUUAGGAAAUUGUGACCCAUUUUUGAAAUGUUCUAUUGCAAGAUCUAUUAGACUUUUCCAUAAAAAGUAUUUGGAGAAAUUGCCUGUCCUCAAAAAAAGUUCAAGGUUUUCAGUCAAAUUAAUUUAUUAUUCCAACUGAAAUCCCUUGAAAUAGUAAGUUAUAGUCAGUUACAUCAAAGAGGAUGUAAAUAUUAAAAUAUAAUUACAUCCCUAUUAAUGUAACUGUCAAUCAGGUUAUUAAUAGUUACAUCAAAAAGGAUGUAAAUACUAUGUAAUAAGUGGUGGGUUUGAAAUCGUUGUAAUUACAGUAUGGCAAUUGGCGAUGAAGUAUAAUCCGGCUAAAUUUGAAAGCUUAGCUAAGCUUAAAACGUAGUGGAUUUCUGAUAUCUCCAUUUAUUACACGAUUAUAGCCGUCAUCUGUCAAUCUAUCAAUGACUGCACGUUUCAUACAAUCGAUUGAUUCGCUUUUAUCUUAGUGAGUUAAGCUAGGCUGUAGCACAUGAUUUUCGAAACUGUUAGCUUGGUAUUAUACUAUUAACACCCCAAAAACAAUCAAUACUGUGCAAUUAUUUGCAAACCAUCCUUUUUUAUGUCUACACAGUGGCUGGCUCGAAUAGGAGUAUUGAAAUUUAAAGUAUUAUACGAGAUAACAUUUAGGUUUGAUUGUUGUUUAAUUUGUUUCUUUACAACUUUACCAGGGACCUAAUCUUACAUAGAUUCUACAAGAUAUUUAUAUUUUAAUUAAACCAGUGUACACAAAGUUAUAUCAUAUUUAUAUUUUUUUGUAUUUAAAUGUGGUAAAAUAAAUAUUUGUUUGAACGUAACUCACAAUAAUUAGACAUAGUUCCUGAAAAACUUUCCAAGCCACAAACAUCACAUUUUAAAGAAUUCGUGUUUAAAGUUUAAUAAAUAUUAGUGUACAUGUGGAUUGAGCUACUAAGUCAUGAUGUUGUUUAAAGAGUGCCAGUAGGGCUGCCAUUUUUGUCAGUUGUUUGUUAAGAUGAAUCACAUGAACAAUUUUGUGUUCUUAACUCAAUUUCGACAUGAUUGUGGUUUGGAAUGUUUUUCAGGAAUUACAUACAAUUAUGAAAGCAUUUUAAUUUUGCACUGUGGAUUCAAGUUUACUUCCAUUCCAAAUAAAUUUUUGUAUUACGGUAGUAUGCAGUUAUAAUUUGACAAUUAUUCGAUUGCAUUUUAUUAAUGAAAUACUCCUUAAAUAUAUGUGUGUGCUGCAAUACAACCCUAUUUUAAUUGUGUUAAGGUCAUAUCAUUUUAUGUAUCUAAGAUUCAUGCCAUUAUUAUUAUUGUUCACCUGAAUCUUAAAAUGUAAAUAGAUGAUAAAUUUUGCCUAUAA